CUGCUGAAGAUGAUUCGAAUCAUCUGUCUGGCAACUCUGCUUCCUUCAGUGGUCCACUCAGCUCAGGGUCACUUUGCCCAGAAGCUCCUGAAUGAUCUGAUGGAGAAUUAUUCCAGUGCGCUGCGGCCAGUGGAGGACACUGAUCGAGCUCUGAACGUCACCCUGCAGAUCACUCUGUCCCAGAUCAAAGACAUGGAUGAGCGGAACCAGGUUCUGAUUGCGUACUUAUGGAUCCGGCAGACCUGGAACGACGCCUACCUGAGGUGGAAUAAAGAAGACUACGACGGUCUGGAGGUCAUCCACAUUCCGAGCAGCUUGGUGUGGAGGCCUGACCUCGUCCUCUAUAACAAGGCUGAUGACGACUUCUCUGGACCCAUGGACACCAACGUGAGGCUGCGGUACAAUGGAGAGAUCACUUGGGACGCGCCGGCCAUCACUAAGAGCUCCUGUGUGGUGGACGUCUCCUACUUCCCCUUCGACAGUCAAGAAUGCAACCUGACCUUCGGCUCCUGGACGUACAAUGGCAACCAGGUGGACAUCAUCAUGGGCAUGGACAGCGGUGACCUGUCAGACUUUGUGGAGAACGUGGAGUGGGAGUGUCACGGGAUGCCGGCCACAAAGAACGUCAUCAUGUACGGCUGCUGCGCGGACCCUUAUCCGGACAUCACCUACACCGUUCUGCUGCAGCGGCGCUCCUCCUUCUACAUCUUCAACCUGCUCCUGCCCUGCUUCCUCAUCUCUUUCCUGGCUCCUCUGGGCUUCUACCUGCCGGCAGACUCUGGGGAGAAGGUUUCUCUGGGGGUGACGGUUCUUCUGGCUCUCACCGUCUUCCAGCUGAUGGUGGCAGAAAGCAUGCCUCCCUCUGAGAGUGUGCCGCUCAUCGGGAAAUACUACAUUGCCACCAUGACCAUGGUCACUGCCUCGACCUCGCUGACCAUCUUCAUCAUGAACAUCCACUUCUGCGGUGCUGAAGCCAAACCGGUUCCUCACUGGGCAAAAGUCCUCAUCAUCGACUACAUGUCCAAAAUUUUCUUUGUGUAUGAGGUUGGUGAGAACUGCACGUCGGCUUCCUCCUCCUCGCCUCCGUAUGUCCACCAUGACGACCUUCACCACCAGAGUCAUAUCUCACACAGCCAGGCUAACGGUAAAGCAGGGGGUCAUGUUAACAGAGAGAAGCAGGAGCAGGGUCACAAGUACCCAAGACCCCAGACACCAAAGCCACAGCACCAUCCCAGAAUGAAAAGUCAGCACCACAUCACCAGAGACGAGCAGAGUCACCUCUCCAAAUUUGGACAGUAUAAAAUCUCCAAUGGGAAGAUCCCUUCAGAUGAGUGCUGCAAGGAUGACCAGAAGGUCCCGUGUUGCCCUGAAGACCAGAAGCCCAGCGUGACCUUUGGUCCCUGUGUGUUCUGCAGCCACGGCAGAGGCAUUCCAGCUCUGGACCCAAAGCUGGUGCACAACGUGGAGUACAUUGCCAACUGCUUCCGGGAGCAGAGGAACACGUGCGCUAAGGGAGCUGAGUGGAAGAAGAUUGCUAAAGUCAUGGACAGAUUUUUCAUGUGGAUUUUCUUCAUCAUGGUGUUCCUGAUGAGCAUCCUCAUCAUCGGCAAGAAACCCUGA